UCUGUCCUGGGAACUCAGGAAGGUGGAAUUCUGUAGCCUUGCCUGUUGGAUGAGAGCUGCUGUCUCCAGGUCUGGCCAUGGCUUCCAGCUGGGGUGACUCCCUGCUCGGUUUUGGCUUGGGUUUGUUGGCCACCACACAGAGCUUCAUUGUUUAGCAGCACUACAGGGCAAACACUUGCCCCAGAGAUAAGGACCAAGUCCUCUUCCUCCACACAACAGUGUUUUCUUAAGGAGCAUUUCCUCCUGGGGUAGGCACAACCCUUUGGAAUCAUUUAUCCUUCAAACAACUCCCCCCCUCCCCCCUUCCUCCAUGCCCUAUGACAGCUCCACCUCUUUCAUGCCAGGUGAGAACCAUUCCCAGAGGGUUAGCCCCAAGGUGUGCUAAGGCUUUAACGAGCAAUAAAAAGCAAGAAACGAUACCAUAGCAGCAGAGGAGGAGCUCCUUCUUGGUUAGCCACCGAGGAACUGGAAACUUUUCAGCCUUCCUCAGCCUUGCUGGGCUCUGCCAGCGGAGGGAGUUUGUUGCUCCACAAAACGCACUUCUGGAACUGGGAUGCUCCCUGUGGAGCUUCGUGGAGCAGGACUGGUGGAGCAGGUGCACCAGGCUGUGUGCCAGGUGUUGGAGGGGAUGGGAAGCUGUGAGCUUCCCUGCUGGAGCACAUCAGUCAGAGGAAGCGUGGGAGGCUGGUUCCCGGUGACACCUCCGUGCCCAGCAGCGCUGCCCCGCCGGUGCCAUUGGCUGCCCUCUGCCCGGGGCCCUCGCCAGCCAGCAGUUAAAUGCCUGCAGGUGGCCAGGCUGGGGCACACAACUCUGGGCAUCCCAGCUCAGGCAGCCAGCUCCAUCCCAUCCCGAGCACCGCAGCAGACACCAGCUUGUGCCAUGGCUCAAGCCUCAGGGACCACAACCACCGUGAGGGCUGCGUUCCUGGUGCUGCUCCUCUGGGCCAUAGCCUAUGCUCACCCUGUGCCCAGCCGGGAGCCUGCCCUCCACUACCACAGCGCCCAGCAGGAGGACACAGCCGGUGAAGAUUACAGCAACAAGCUGGGUAACCCCCUGGGUGCUGGAGACGGCAGACACUCUCCUGCCAGUGCAGGCAGAGGGGACAAUUCCCUCCUCGGGGACCCGGCGGCCGGCAACGCCGUGGGAGAGGAGAUGGGCAUGCAUGGUGGCCACAAGGCAGGCAGAGCUGGGGAGGUUCAGCACCUGAACCAGGUGGAUCGUGAGGAUGCGAGUGCCUGGGAUGGAAACAGCCUUGGCUUCCUGGAGGAGGAUGCGGCUGACACCGAUGAUGGGGAGCACUACGGCCCUGCAGUCAGUGGGCUUCCCUUUCACGCUGGUGGCUUCAUGGACGAGGAGGACGAAAGUGGAGAUGACACCUUCGAUGAGAACGGGGAGGAGGAGAGGGGAGAAGGCCCUACUUACGUGGCCGGUGCCGACGGGGAAGGCGGACACGGCUACGAUGGUGACCGUGGGGACACCGGGGCUGGUGGAGGACACGGGGACAGCAGCAGCAGCAGCAGCGAAAGCGCCGGGGAGGACCGCUGGAGGUACAGGAGCUACCCCGGCAGCCGCUACGAGCAGCCCUACAGGCGGGGAGGGCGCAGCAGCAGCAGCCAGCAGGAGGAAGAGGAGAGCUACGGCUUUGAGGACGAAGCCAUGCAGGGGGACGACCCCUCUGUCUUUGACGGGCUAGGCAGCAGUUACCGGGGGCACCGUGCCUUGGGGAACAGCCGAGAGAGCGGCCAGGGAGCUGGCUCACACCGCUGGCAAGAGGGUGACAGCAGGUCCCCGGAGCUGGAGGACGCCGACUCGGGAGAAGACAGCCCCUCCGAGGAGGACAACAGCGAGUCCGAGGAGCCUGGCACCAGCCGCUCCGAGGAAAACGGCACCAGCCGCUCGGAGGAGGGCGAGGAUGGCGAGGACAGCCCCUCCAGGGAGAGUGAGGACAGCGAGUCCAGGGAGGACACCGCGGAGCAGGCAGAUGAAGAGCUCCGGGAGUCCCCGGAGGACCUCUCCCGGGAGUCUCCGGAGGACCCCUCCCGGGAGUCCCCGGAGGAGCCCUCCCGGGAGCUGGUGAGCAUGGGCAGCGAGCAGGCGGACAGCCAGUCCCGGGAAGAGCAGAAGGACCAGCAGGAGUCCGCGGAGGACAGGAGCGAGCCAUCCGCACCCGACAGCCAGUCUGAGGAAGAGGAGGGAAAGCCGAGCGAGUCCCGGGAGGACGUCAGUGAGCAGAGCCAGUCGGCAGAGGACACCGCGGAGGAGUCCCAGGAGGACGAGCAUGACUCUGAGCCCGCCGGGGACUCGCCGAGCGCAUCGGCCGAGAGCCAGAGCUCCUCCCUGCAGGACGAUGGCAGCCCGGAGAGCGUGGCAGGGGAGGACAGCAGCUCCCCCGAGAGCACCGACAGCGAGUCGCAGCAGCAGGAGGAGGAGGAGAGCUACUCGCAGGAGGAUGCCAGCAGCAGCCGCGGCGAUGCCAGCUCUGCGCAGAGCCUGGAGAGCAGCAGCCGCAGGCGGCGGCCGGGCGCGUACCGCCACAAGCCUGCCGCUGACUACGACGACAACGACUGCCAGGAUGGGUACUGAGCUGUGCCCGCAGCCCCGUGGGCGCUGGGGGUGUGGGGGCAGAGUGUGCGGGGGGGUAUUUAUUUGCUGUACAGCCUGGCUGCCUUCUGCCCGAGAAGAGUCUGUGGGUAACGCAGGGGCAGCUUCGCCAGAGCUUGACCUGGGCACGCUGCAUAGGAGCGGGAGGAGAUGCCAGGCACAGGGAAAGCACCAAAGCAGACCCAGGAAUCCAUCCCUUAUCCCACAUUGGCCGGCAGCUGAGGGCUGUGAGUGCCAGCAGGGUGGUGCUGCCUGUUUGCCCUGAGGAUGGAGUGUCAGGUGGGCACUCCAGCAGCUGCGCCUGGGCAUGCUGGGCAGAGAGAUCCCUGCCUUCACCCCCUGUAUUUGCCUGCUGCUGCCCCAAGGCCUCUGCCCAGGUGCCAGUGGGAGCUUUCUGCAGGCUCCACGUCCUGCAGAUCAGAGGGACAAGCCACAGCCAAGUGUGGGCACGCAGUGGGGGGGCUCAGUGGUGUGCCAGGUGCCACCUCAGCAGGGAGCCCGUGUAAUAUUUUGUAAGAAGUGUACAGAAACCAUUCUAUUGUCCUCUCUUGUCACCUGGCUGGCAGAGCUGGGGUGUGCCUCGUGUCCUUUAAGUGCCAUUAAACCCAUCAGAAGUCCACA